AUGGCUGGCGCCUCGGACGUGGUGCAGGCCCGCAGGCCGCUGGCUCGGCUGGGCGUCCCUGCGGUCCCUUGGCCGCUACCUGCGGCGCCAUUGAUCGCCCGCUGGCGUUUUUUUCACCCCUUCUGCGCGGACGGCGCACAAUAUCCUUCCCCGUCGCCAGCGGAGCCCGCCUGCCGAAAUUUCCGGGCCAUUUCCCGCCGAAAAGCGGCGUCGCCGCCCGAGACGCUCCCGUUUGAUUUAGGCGACAGCCCGGGGGAGCUAGCUGGCUGCCUGUCUAGCUACUCUGGUCUGCUGCCUUCGCUGCGCCGGUGUAACCGCGUGCCCGCCAGUUCAUAUGCGGGAUUAGCACGCUCUGUCGACCUCCCCGCCCCCACUCCGCCCCCACCCCGCCCCCGUGCCACGUGUUUAUACGCGCCUGUGCACGUGUCGCCGCCGCCGCGGCCUGCAGGCUACGCGCAGCACACGCAGAAGCGGCGAGGCGGCCAGAGGCGAGCUGUCCGGCCGCCCGCCCCCGCAAAACCGACAGCGGCCGCCCGCGCUCUCCCCCUGACGGCGCGCUCGUCUCCAGAAUGCGAAUCUGCGUAUUACUGCGGCCGCUGCGCCGCCUGCCGCCUGCCGCCUGCCGCCCCCGCACAGACGGCCGCCUUUGACCAAAGUUCCGCGUCCCAGGCGCGCCUCUGCGCCACCCCCGCCACCCGCGGAACAACGAGCGGCUCGUCGCUGCUGCUGGGGAAAAGGAGUACACAAUACCAGUACAGGAAGAUGCUGCUCUUCGGUCUUGUGAGAUUUUUGGAUGCCGCAGCAUUUACAAGUGCCUGA